AUGACGACCGACAAGGAGAGAGAGCUUCUCCGCGCAGCGCGCGCUGGCGACGUCGCAGCGGUCGCCUCGCUGCUUGACGACGGCGUUGACGCCAACUGCAGUGACGGCGUCUAUACACCGCUGCGCUUUGCUGCGUGCUUUGAUCAAAUGGACGUGAUCCGGCUCUUGAUCGACCGCGGCGCCAACAUGGAAGCCUGCACGGCGAAGGGCGAGUCGCUGCUACUCUGCGCUGCGCAGUCCAACCAGCUCGAACUGGUCGCGUUCCUCCUCGAGAAGAACGCCAACCUCGAUGCGACCGACGCGGUCGGCAACACGGCGCUAAUGGCAGCCGAAGAGAACGGUCGACUCCAAGUCGCUCAGCUUUUGCGCGACCACAAGCGCCAGCGCGACGAAACCUACGCGCUCUGUACGGCGCUGCGUGCCAAGCACUGGAACGUAGUGAACAACCUCCUCCAGCGAGGCGUCCACGACAUCAACCUUUGCGAUACGGACGGGACGCCCUUGCUCCACCUCGUCGUCGAGACGCAAAAUAUAUCGCUGCUCGAGCGCCUUCUCCAAGUGCCCGGCCUCGAUUUCAACGCAGUGGACGCAACGGGGCGGACGGCGGUGGCCGCUGCGAUAACGACGCACAACACGGAGGCCGUGACGCUCCUGCUCAUGCAAACCAUCGCGCGCGUCGAUCUCCUCAGCGACUGUCCGCUGCGGACGCUGGCGCAAACUUACGUCUUUGGCGCCGCCUUGCGCCACGCCGCAGCGAGAGGCCACAGCGACACAGUGUCGUAUGUGCUGCGUCUCGGCGUGAGCCCGACGACAGCCACUGAGGACGGGGAGACGCCGUUGCAUAUCGCAGCAGCCCAUGGCCAGGAUGGAAUCGUGGCGCAGCUGCUGGACGAAAAUGUGCUGCUGGCGAUGCGCCGUGACCAGAAGGGAAAUGUACCACUGCACGUGGCGGCGGCCCACGGCCACACGACCAUCGUCACGAGAUUGCUCGACGUCGCAGCCGAUGCGACGAACGCUGUCAACCAUGCAGGUGCGACACCACUGCUUUUGGCUGCAACAGGCGGCCACGCCGAUGCGGUGGCGGCGCUGCUAACGGCCGAGACCGCCACCUCAUGUCGUAUUCUGGGUGGGACGGGACUCCUGCAUGCAUCCGCGCGCAGCGGCAGCGAGCGUGUUGUCGCCCUUGUCUUGCCGCACUGCAGAGUCCUGGACGCGACCGACGAGAAAGGACGCACGCCACUGCACCUGGCGGCUGCCAGCGGACACGCGGCGGUCGCUCAGUGCCUCCUCAAGAAUGGGGCGGAUCCGACGGUUCGGACGGAGGAGGAGAAGGCGACGGUGCUCAUGGUGGCGGCCGCCGAGGACCACGCGGCGGUGGUUGACGCGCUGCUGGCGCACCUUGUCCGAUCAAUUAGCGACCCUCAGUCGCACAACGACUUGAAGCGUGCUUGCGAGCGACUGAAGUCGUCGCUUGCGCAUCUGGACGCGCGCAAUUCGUCGGGCAAGUCCGCGGCAGAGCUCUCUUCAGGCGCGGUGCUACAGCGCUUGAGUGACUGUGCAGCGUCGCUGGCCAGCGAUCUCGCACAUGUGCGCAAGGCGAUGCAGACUAAAGAGACGGCGCUUGCGCAAGCUGUCGCGACUUCCGAGUGGGCGGUAGCUGCGGCGUUGCUGCAAGAAGGUGUCGCACUGGUUCUACCGGCAGACAAGACGGAAAAUGCUAUGCGUGCGGCGCUUGAGAGUCAAGACAAAGAGCUCAUCCAAGCACUCGUCCAGGCAGACAAGUCGGCGCUGCUGCAAUCGCUUAAACAGACGCCCGCCCAGCUCCAGCACGAGAUGGCGCUCAUGACCCUUGUGGCGGCCGUGACCUGCGAUAAUGUGCCGCUGGUGAUCGAGCUACUCCGUACUGCUUUGUCUCGGCCUCUGAACCUGGUCUCUUCGAGCGGACCGUCGCCGCUGCACGUCGCUGCGAAACGUGCGUCGCUGGGGAUGCUCUACGUGCUGCUCACCAAGGAUCUCGCGAACAUCAACGCCGCAAAUGAGGAAGGGUUCACGGCGCUGGCCAUUGCGGUCCGUGAAGGCCGAUCCGACGUCGCUGCGUUGCUUCUCAACGUCGGCGCAGACGUCUCGACGCCGCUACCGGACCACACACCAUUGCUGCACCUCGCGAUCACAACGGGCAGCAGUUUGCAUCUUCUGGAGCUUCUCCUGUCGGCCCUGCGCAUCGAUCUCAACCAAACCGACAAGGAUGGGUACACCGCGCUGGCCAAGGCGGUCGUCGUUGGCCAUGAAGCUGCCACCACCCGUCUGAUCGAGAACGGAGCCAACGUGUGGACCCUUCUGCCCACCGGGCAGACGCUGUUGGCAGCAGCCAUUCAGCACCACCAGCACGCGAUCGCAACGGAGCUCUAUGCGCGCAUGUACCCAGGACCGGCAGAGGCCUCCAUGGUGGAUGUUGACAUGGGCGACCGCAUCGCUCGACAAGGCGGCGUCGACGUGUACAAGGCCACGUACGCAGGCAAGACCGUCGUGCUCAAGGGCCCUCGAUUUCCCAACAAGCACGUCGUCGGCGCCUUGCACUGCGAAGCGCAAGAAAUGCAAGGGUGUACGUCGCCGUACGUGCAACCGUUGAUUGGCAUCCUGGACAAUGGCUCAUUCUCGCCGCUGGUGACGCUACCCAACGGCGACGCGCUGUACAGUCCGACGAUGGUCAUCGAGUACAUGGACGGCGGGGACCUUCACGAGACGCUCGAGAAGACGCGCUUCGGACGCGACGUUCUUGUGCCCGUCUCGACCGUCGACGUGGCCCUCGUACUUGCCUACGCGCUGAGAGAUUUGCACCGCCUUGGCAAGGUGCACCGGGACGUCAAGAGCCUCAACAUCUUUCUCUCGACGGAGUACUACAUUCGGCUCGGCGAUCUCGGGUCAGCGCGGACACUGGACGGUGACUGCAUGACGUCCAACGUCGGCACCAAGCUUUGGAUCGCACCCGAAGUCGUUCGUGUCGGUCUUGGCGGCAAUGGACGUGAGUACGGUCCGCCCGCCGACAUUUACUCGUUCGGCGUUGUCCUCACCGAGCUCGACACGCGCGAGACGCCGUACGCAGACGUCGACGACAAGAGUUCAAUUCCCGACCAAGUACGCGACGGCAAACUGCGUCCGAAAAUGAGCAACGACUGCGCGCCGUGGCUUCGAACGCUUGCCGACCAGUGCUUGGCGCACGACCCCGCCGAUCGCCCGACGGCCGACAAUAUCAUUGCGACUCUUCUCGCACACCGUCAGGAGGCCACGAAGGCAACGUCCCCGCCAUAA